AUGAUUCGUAAGAUUUUGAAAUUUGGGUUUUCUACGACGACUCUCAAUUAAGAACCAAAGCAUAGAUUUAGUUUAUUUAAAAUAAUUGCUGGAGCAGCUAUUGGAGUUUACGGAUUCGAUUAAGGAAGAAAAUAUAGAGAAUAUUUAUCAAAUAUCUUCCUCACUAAAGAAUAGCUCAAUGAUUUAGCAUUGAAAAACAUGAUCAAAUCCAAAGAUUCAUAAUUAAUAGCACAUCCCAUUAAUAGUGUUAAUAAUAUAAAGAAUAAAGAGAAAGUAGUAGUCUUGGGAGGAGGAAUAAUUGGAAUCUCAUAAGCCUUAAAACUAUUAAGAAUGGGGUAUAAUGUAACUGUCAUUGAAUAAGCUCAUACUGUUGCUUCGGAGUGCAGUGCCUUUAAUGGUAAUGUUUUUAAUCCAAUGUACUUUUUACCCCUUGUCACAAGAGAUAACUUAAUCUAUAUGAUCAAGAAUAUAUUCGAAAAACCAGAGUUAACUACUGUUAGAUUUAACAUGAAUGGAUUCUUAGAGGACAAUUUUAUUUAGUGGGGAAUUAAUAGUUUACUAUUAAGUAUGACGGACAAUGCCUAGAUAGAGAAUUCAAGAAAGUAAUUGAGGAUUGGAUCAUUGACUUUGCAGGACAUUGAAAAAUUAAAGCCAACAGGAUUACUCAAAGGACAUUUAAUCGCAAAAGGAUAAUUGGGGUUUUUUGCUUCAGAUUAAAAAGUUAAUGCUUAUAAAGAUAGGUUAGAGUUGUUAGGAAUCCCUCAUAUUAAAGUUGAAUCCUUUGAAUAAAUUGAAUAAUUCACAAAAACAGAUUUAAAAACAGAACCAAAUCUCAAGCUUUUCAAUAGAUUUAAGAAAGCCUUGAUAUUAACUACUGAAUCCAAUUUGGAAACAAGAGACUUAACAUAAUCCAUGUUAAAGUAUUGUUAGGAAAACUUUCCAAACUAAUUUGCAAUUGCAUUUUAGACUUCAGCUCAAAAUUUUGUCUUAGAUCCAGAUAAAAAUGUCAGAGGAAUUCAAACAAAUAAAGGAAUCGUCUUAGGAGAUAGAUUUGUCAUUUGUUUAGCACAUAAAAGCAAAUAGUUAGCCCAAAAAUUAAGACUUAACCUUCCAAUAGUCCCAGCAAAAGGGUGGGCCAUGGGAAGAACUGCACCAGAAAAUUUUAAUUAGACUUUAGUUAAAGAAUUCACUUUAAAUACUCCAAAUUAUUUUGCAACAAAUCUAAAUGGGCAUUUAAGAUUAGCAGGAUGUGCAGAGGUUUGCAAUGAUACGCCAUCAAGUGAUGCAAGCAGCGAAUGGGGAGCUAUUUAAAUAUUAAAUAGAUUCAAUGAGCAAAAUGGAUUCGAUUUUAAAAUGAAUGACUUCACUGUUAGAAGUUGUUUCAGACCUUUAACACCAGAUGAUGUUGCAAUUAUUAGUGAAGUGCCUGGAUUCAAAAACGUAUUUAUAAAUGCAGGUCAUGGAUCAAGGGGCAUGAGUUACUGCUUUGGAGCAGCAGACAUUAUGAGUUAGGUUAUGGAAGGAUCUAAGGACUUUGAAGAUUACAGUGUGAAGAGGUAUUAUUUUAUAUGA